AUGCGCCCUCUUCUCCUCCGGCUGCUCAGUGUGCUUGGCUCCAUUUUUCUCCUCCUCUCGUUUUUGCGUUUAGGCCCCUGGGGAAGCAGGGAUUCCGGCGACGGUCCCUGUCCCCGGCUCUCCCGCCUCGCCGCUCCGAUCGAGGCUGCAGCGUCAGUUGCAUUAAUGGGAAAUCAGUGCCAAAAUGGAACCUAUGGGAGCAAUUACAACAACUACAACUACUUUCAGAAGGAGCCUUUGGCUUCUAGGUACUAUGAUGGUGACGAUUCUGAGGAUUGCUACUCAGGGCCAUCUAGGUCGAGUAUAGCGGAUCUUAUAUGGCAAGGACUGAGACAAACCUUAACGUCCAUCUCUGUCCUUGGUCGAAAGACUCCUAAUGUAACAGAGCAUUAUACCCUCGGCCGGCAGCUUGGAGAGGGUCUCACUGGGACAACCUACCUCUGCACUGAGAUCAGCGCUGGUUGUCAGUAUGCAUGCAAGUCCAUCUUGAAGACAAAGUUUCGGAACAUGCAAGAUAUCGAAGAUGUGCGCCUCACCAUCAAGGAUGUGUACGAGGAUGAGGAGGCCGUGCACAUUGUCAUGGAGCUCUGUGAAGGUGGUGAGCUAUAUGACCGGAUUAAGAAGGGGAAUUACAGUGAGCACAAGGCUGCAGAUCUUAUAAAAAAUAUUGUUGGCAUCAUAGAGAACUUCCAUUCACUUGGUGUGAUGCACCGGGAUCUCAAGCCAGAAAACUUCCUCUUACAGGAUAAUGACGAUGAUUUGUCAAUAAAAGUAAUUGACUUUGGUCUCUCUAUGUUCUUCAAACCAGACCCUACUCAUGUGGAAACCUCCGACACUGGGUCUUUCACUGAAACAGUUGGAAGUCCAUAUUAUAUUGCUCCAGAGGUAUGGCAGAAGCAUUAUGGACCGGAGGCUGAUGUAUGGACAGCUGGAGUGAUACUCUACGUAUUGCUAAGUGGCGUGCCACCAUUUUGUGCAGAUACACAUGAAGUUGUACUUGACAAAGUGCGGGAUGGGCAUUUUGAUUUUGAAUCAGACCAGUGGCACAGGAUUUCAGACAGUGCAAACGAUCUUAUAAGAAAAAUGCUGUGCCCUUGUCCAUCGGAGAGAUUGAAAGCCCAUGAAGUUCUAAAGCAUCCUUGGAUAUGUGAUAAUGGAGUGGCUACUCAUCAAACUCUAGAUCCAACUGUUCUUUCUCGUAUCGACAAAUUAUCUGCAGCGAAUAAAUCAAAAAAAUUGGCUCUACAGGUUAUUGCUAAGCAUCUUUCAGAAGAGGAGAUUGGUAGGUUAAGAGGAAUGUUCAAGGCAGUGGACAAUGGAAACAGUGGUGCGAUUAUUUUGGCUGAGCUUAAAGAAGGGUUGAGGAAAUGUGGCUUAGUGUUUAAAAAUAUUGAGAUUAGUGAUAUCAUGGAAGCGGAUGGCCAGGCCAACUAUGGUGAGUUUGUCACAAUGAUGCAAAGCGAUAAUUCUGCGCUUGGGUGGCAAAUGAUGGAAAGCAGCAUGAAUGUACCCCUGAGGGAGGCACCUGAAGUUUACUGA